CUCGCCGACGUCUACGUACGGCCUCAUCCUGCUGGGAACGGCACUAUACUUCUUGAACUGGUUCAAAGAGUACAAGCUCAGGAAUGUACCUGCGCUGGGGCCGACGGCACCGUUGCUCUCUUACUGGGGCGCAUUCAGAUUCAUCACCAGUUGCCAGGAAAUGCUUGCAGAGGGGCAUGCCAAGUUCGGCGGGAGCCCGUUCAGGAUAGCAACUCGCCAGUACUGGCAUUACAUUGUCUCGGACCCUAAGCUCAUUGAUGAGCUGCGGCGCGCACCGGACGACGAGCUGUCUUUCAUUGACGCCGCGGCCGAGGGCCUGGAGCUCGAGUACACGAUGGGCGUGGCAGCGCCGAAGAAUAUGUAUCAUGUGCCGAUCAUCAAGACGACGCUCACACGCAAUCUGAGCCACCUCUAUGGAGGGAUCUACGACGAGAUAUGCAGCGCGUUUGCAGACCGCGUCCCCGCGGAAGAUGAAUGGACGGCUGUGCCCGCAAUGGAUGCCAUUAUGGAGGUUGUCGCUCGGACCAGUGCCCGCAUCUUCGUUGGCCUCCCUCUCUGCCGUAAUCAAGAGUUCUUGGAUAUCGCUGUUAACUACACAACAGACGUAGUCAAGACUGGACUUAUACUCAACAUGGUACCUGUUCCCCUUAAACCGAUUGUGAACCGCCUUAUCAACAAGGUCGAUAAAACCGUUGACCGCACAUAUGCUUUGCUGAGUUCCACGAUUGAUGAGCGGCGGAGAAUGAUGGAGCAGUAUGGAGACGACUGGCCAGACAAGCCUAACGACUUGCUCCAAUGGCUCAUGGAAGCCGCAGAAGGGGUCGAGCGUGAGCCGAGGGCUCUGGCCGCCCGUUUGCUCGUAGUCUGCUUCGCCGCCAUUCACACGUCUUCUUUGAGCUUCACUCAUGCUUUGUACCACCUUGCAGCACACCCAGAGUACAUGAAGCCGCUGCGGGAGGAAGAUUCGCUUCAGAAGAUGCGCAAGGUCGACAGCUUCCUGAAGGAGUGUCAACGAUUCGAGGGUAUCGGCAGCUUAUUUCUUGGACGCAAGGCGCUGAAAGACUACACCUUCUCCGACGGCACGUUUAUCCCCAAGGGCAGCUACGUCUCAACUUCGAAGAUGGCGAUACAUGACACGUGCGAGUACUAUGAUGAACCGCACGUCUUUGACCCAUGGCGAUUUUCCAACAUGCGCGACGAGACAGGCGAAGGCACGAAGCACCAGAUGGUCAACACGACCCGGGACGGUUCUUUGCUGCGAACGAGCUGAAGAGCAUGAUGGCGCAUCUUGUGGUGACGUAUGACAUCCGCAUGGAGAAGCUCGGAGAGAUCCCGCCAGGACUCCGCUUCGGCCCUGCCACAUCGCCUAACCGAACAGCGAAGGUUUUGUUCAGGAAGCGGAAGGACUGAAUCGCAUUCAGACGAUCUAUUAUCAUUUGUCCUUAAGCUGUUGCCACUGGUGUGGCAAGCGGUCGGCAUGAUAUAGCAAGACAGAAUGUUGGCUGAAAUGCACCCGGUUUUGUCGAUC